CAGAUUUCAGGGCAUGGAAUGAAUCAUUAAGGAAAACUUUAUCCCUCCUCCUUUUCAUCCCCCUUUUCAGUCACGAAACAACUAUAAAUGUAUUUACGCCAUCUCAUGGAUCUCACACUUUCCCGGUUUCGUUCCAGUACAGUUUGAAAAAUACUUGCCGUCUUACAGUUGUUCCGUCGUUUCCAGGACCUGACGCGUUUCCUCUGAUUAUUUUUAGGAGAUAUAUGAAUUACGGAAAAGUUUGGAACAGACAAACAUAAAGAAGAUAACAUAUUGGAUCAAUUCGUCAAAUCAACAGUCGCAAUGUUUUGGUCCUGGACUGUAGCAUUUGUACUGGUGUGUGCAUCCGCGGCAUCAGAAGAUGAGCCUGACAUGGAACAGAGAGAGGUCUUUGACCCAGAUCUUAUGAUCCAAAGGCCGCUGACUUUGGAGGAAAUCUUGGGAAGUCGAAAUGAGCCUGACAUGGAACAGAGAGAGGUCUUUGACCGGUUACAGGAUUUUCCUGGCUUUUUGCAGAAACCGGUCACUGUGGACUAUGACCUGCUCUUUGAGAGAGCUGAUUCAGACACGACCCAGAAGGAGGUAUCUCUGGACUCCCUAGGCGUUCCACCUCAGGGUUUGCAAAUGGCUAGGCCUCGCUCCUUUGUGAGCACCCAACCUAGUGUCUUGUUUCCCCCUGGCCAGCCCUCCCCUGACAACCUCCAUGCCAUCUGUACCUAUAGCAACCAUCGUCCCAGGUACCACUUCACAGACAGCGGCUUUAGCUACUUUAGUCGUAAAGGUGACGCUGUCAAUCAGUUAGAGUCCUGGUACAGCACAUGCUGCCAUGGGAAUGGGACCCAGCAGCUCCAGGAAGCGAUGUUGUGCUGCGCCAAACAGGCGUGGGAGCAGUCCCUUUCCACAUACUGUGAAGUUGAGUCCUCUAUCAAAACCCGUCAACCCGAAUGCUGCAAGAAAACGGGGGGGGACAGACUGAGCUGUUUCCAUAAGCAAGCCCCAAACCCCACCUACAUGCCGUUCACAGAGGAGACAGGCUCCUCCCCCAAACCUGAAACUGUGUUCACCUUUAACCCCAAUACCUGUCACACGUCUCAGCCCAGUCCCCGUAGUUUGACAGAGACCAAUCCCAGUAAACCCCCCAAAGCUGCUCCUGGACACUCUGACAUCAGCUGCCGCACUGGAUGCUCCACUUCCCACAAUGCUGAUUCAGACACGACCCAGAAGGAGGUAUCUCUGGACUCCCUAGGCGUUCCACCUCAGGGUUUGCCAAUGGCUAGGCAUCCCUCCUUUGUGAGAACCAAACCUAGUGUCUUGUUUCCCCCUGGCCAGCCCUCCCCUGACAACCUCCAUGCCAUCUGUACCUAUAGCAACCUUCGUCCCAGGUACCCGAUAUACUACUUCCCAAAAAGCGACUUUGGCUACCUAAGUCGUCAAGAUGACGCUGUCAAUCAAGUAGAGUCCUGGUACAGCACAUGUUGCCAUUUGAAUGGGACCCAGCAGCUCCAGGAAGCGAUGUUGUGCUGCGUCAAACAGGCGUGGGAGCAGUCCCUUUCCACAUACUGUGAAGUUGAGUCCUCUAUUGAAAUCCAUCAACCCGAAUGCUGCAUGAAAAUGGGCCGGCACAGACUGAGCUGUUUCCAUAAGCAAGCCCCAAACCCCACCUAUAUGCCAUUCACUGAGGAGACAGGCUCCUCCCCCAACCCUGAAACUGCGUUCACCUUUAACCCCAAUACCUGUCACACGUCCCAGCCUGGUCCACAUGGUGUUAGAGGGAACUAUCCCAGGAAGCCCUCCCAAGCUGCUCUUAGACACUCUGACAUCAGCUUCCCCCCUGGACGCCCCACAUCCCAGAACAUAGAAUUAAUCUGCAGCCUUCUCAAUCGCCGCCCACUCUACAAUCCCCAGUGCCUGCCCCGUACUGGCUAUGGGUGGCUGGCCCGCCAAUCAAAGGCAGUGAACCGGCUGGAGAGAGGUUUCAAACUCUGCUGUGAGCGGCAGAAGGAUGUGCUAGCCUGUGCUGAUCGAAAGUGGCGUGAGGUGCUUGACAGGUUCUGUGAUGACGAGCAGAAGGGCACGGUUCGUAAUUCCUCCUGCUGUGGUGCAGAAGAGAGUGAGCAGAGGUACACUUGUUUCUCGUCCCGUGCCCCUCACCCAGCCUAUGACCAAGAGCUCCACUUUGCCUCUGACGCGCCACAGGCCCCUACCCUUGGACACAUCUGUGAAACACAUAAGAUCAUCAAGAAGAAGUUCCCUGUGCCUCUCCCAGUCCAGAGCUUUGUAAGUCUGUGCUGCUCUCUGCCUGCAGAUCAGAGAACUCCAUGCAUUCAAGAAAAGCUUGUGACACAUGCAGAGAGGCAGUGCCCUGCAUCGAUGCCCACCUCCCACACUGUCUCCCAGAAAUGCUGCUACUCCUCUUCCCAGAAUCGCCACAAGUGCCUUUCUGGCUUGCUCAUGAAAGCCAUCAACAAGGCAACCAAGUCUACACGCUUUAGGAAGUGCCCCCUCUCCUAAUUUUCCAUAACCUUCCCCUUUUGACUAAUUUUGGCAGCGGGUUAAAAAAAAUGCAUGUCACGGAAUUAGUUUGGUAGUCAA